AGCCAAUAACAGCGGCUUUACGUCUGACGUCAUUUGUUUAGGUCCAAUGACCUCAUUCUCCUCCUCUAAGGGUGUGUCUGCGGCCACCAUCGCGUCACCCUCAAUGAAAACCACUACCUUUAGCAGGAAGGCUAGUAGCAGCUCUGAAACACCUGACUGCAAAAUCAUUCUGUAGCAGCUUUGACAGGUGCACACACUGGGAUGUCUGCGGCCGACUGGUACGCCCAUAAAUCGCUCGGGGAAGGACUCUUCUGGAUCCAGGAGCGGUUUUAUCAGUCAGACAACAGGGCCAACAUCUGGCUGCUGCGCGGUACACACCAGGACGUGGUAAUAGACACUGGCCUUGGCUUGAGGAGCUUACCUGAAUACAUCGACGCUAAAGGGCUACUGGGAAAAGACCCGCAGCGAAAGAACCCGCUGUUGGCCAUUGCCACCCACGCCCACUUCGACCAUUCCGGUGGCCUGCAUCAGUUCCAACAGGUGGGCGUCCACAGCGCAGAGGUGGAUGCUUUGGCAAACGGGGACAAUUUUGAGACGGUCACUUGGCUCAGCGACAGAGAAAUAACUGAAGCCCCCUGUCCAGGAUGGAGAGCAAGGAACUACAAAGUCAAGGCCGUGCAGCCAACCCAUAUUCUGCAAGAGGGUGAUGUAAUUAAUCUGGGGGACAGACAGCUGACAGUAUUGCAUAUGCCUGGUCACUCCCGAGGAAGCAUUUGUCUUCAUGACAGAGAGAACAAACUGCUCUUCAGUGGGGAUGUAGUGUAUGAUGGUGCCAUGAUUGACUGGCUGCCCUACAGUCACGUAAGUGACUAUAUCAGUAGUUGUGAGCGCCUUGUGGGUCUUGUGGACAGUGAACAGGUCGAUCAAGUGCUUCCUGGACACUAUAAUGCAUUUGGUGCAAAGCGUCUCCAUCGGAUUGCAACUGGAUACAUCAGCAGAGCAGACACCUGUCCUGCCAAGUUUUCCACAUUUGCUUGGAGGACACUUGCUGGUGUGGCUCUGCGAGCUUUCAACCCACGUAGUGCCUGCUAAUAAGAUGUAACACCUUAAGAAGCACAGCUGCACAGAAACGUGAAUGGACAGUAUAAGAGUCAAACGGGGUAAAUUAUCUUUGGGUUUAAUGUAAUAUUAUUCACUUAUGUAGCCCAGCACAACAUAUAAGAUUGCCAAACUUAAACGGCUUACAUAAGUCAAUAAUCAGCAAAAUAUUAAGCAUAUUAUACUAUAUAAAUGUAUUUAUUAAUGUUAUUCUGUAAAUAUUGUUUUUUUGUUAUUUAUGUAUCAAUGUGUUUUAUAUUUGAAAUGCUGUUAAGCUAUAAGAGCACACUAAUGGUAUUAGUACACUGCACUGCAAACAAAAAGCAGGAAGCACUGACAAUUCCUUUGACACGUUUGAAAAUGAGUAAGAGUGGCCAUAAUUCUAGUCUAUGCAUAUCACAGUGAACGCAGUGUCAACUACCUCCUUUGUAAGAGUGCUUUGUACUACAAAGAAACCCAAGGAUAUCGGCAUGGGCAAUAAAGCCUCUCUUGUAACUGCA